AUGCAAGAAGUCUUUGUCUCCGGUGCUAGUGGGUAUAUUGCACAAAAUAUUGUGAAACUUUUAAUCUCUAAAGGUUACAAGGUAAUCGGAUCUGUCAGAAGUGCCGCUAAAGGGGAUCAAUUAAAGAAAGAUGCUGGAGAAAAUUUUGACUAUGAAAUAGUGGAAAAUAUUGGUGCUCCAAAUGCUUUCGAUGAAGCCUUGAAGAAACAUCCAAAUGUUUAUGCAUUCUUACAUACUGCUUCUCCAGUCGCUUUUGCCACAGAGGAUAUUGCCAAUGACAUCAUCAAGCCUGCCGUCGAAGGUACUUUGAAUGCCUUGAAAUCUGUUCAAAAGUAUGGUACCAAUGUCAAAAAAGUCGUUAUUACUUCUUCAGCUGCUGCUAAACUUGAUUAUCAAAAUAUUUAUAAUCCCGAUGCUGCAGUCGUCACUGAAGAAUCAUGGAAUCCAAUCACUGAUGAAGAAGGUUUACUCAAUUCUAUGUUUGGUUAUUUCGUAUCUAAGAGAAACGCUGAAAAAGCUGCUUGGGAAUUUGUAAAAACUGAAGAUGUUAAAUUUACUUUGAAUACCAUCGCGCCAACUUUGGUGAUUGGUCCUCAAGCUUACGCCAGUGGUGUCAAAGAAACUGCCAAUUUCUCGGUUGAAUUAUUGAAUGGUCUUUUGAAGUCAAAACCUGAUUCUGAAAUGCCUGUUUUUGAUGGUAACUUUGUUGAUGUAAGAGAUGUUGCUAAAUUACACUUACAUGCCUUCGAAAGUGAUGUUAAAGAUUUCAAAUAUUUGCCAAUCACUGAUUAUUUCUCCAUCCAAACUUGUGCAGACAUCAUUAGAGAAAAAUUUCCUUCUUUGAGAGAUACAGUUCCUAUUGGAACCCCCGGUGCUGGUAAGGAUGUUCACACUAGAUACUCCCCAUGGGAUAAUAAAAAAACCAUGGCAUACUUGGAAGAUCCAAUUUCAUUGGAACAAUCUGUAGUUGAUACCAUAGAUCAAAUUGUUAAUAAAUAG